CAGCCAGGGAGAAAUGGUCAAUACUCUAAAAGCCUUUAAAAUUCGUAAUGAUGAAGUCAAAGAGCUCAACCUCCUUCUGUGUGGACAAAUCGGAGCAGGGAAAUCCAGCAUCAUCAACACCAUCAAUUCAAUUUUGGAAGGACAAAUAUCUGUCGGGUACCAAGGAAAUCUAGAGUCUUCUGUGAGUCAAACAUUAAAAUUUCACAAACGUCAAGUUGGAAAUGCCAAGGAUGGAUUUCUUCCUUUAGUCCUCAAUGAUACUAUGGGGCUAGAAAUUGACCAAUCUAAAGGAGUGCACACUGAUGACAUCAUCACUGCUUUAAAAGGUCACACAAAAAAUGGUUACACGUUCGACCCUAAAACCCCAAUAGAUGAAAACAGCCCUCAUUAUCGUGAAAAUCCCAGCCUGAGUGACAGGAUGCACUGCCUGGUGUAUGUUAUACCAGCAGACAAGAUUUCCAUAAUGGAAGAUAAAGUCUUCAAAAAAAUGAAGAAAGUAAGAGAUGCAGCAUACAGAAUGGAUCUCCCUCAUGUGAUUUUAAUGACAAAAGUGGACGAGACCUGCACUCUGACAAAUAAAAAUCUGAGACAUGUCUACAACAGCAAGAAGAUCAAAGAUAAAAUGCUUGAAUGCCAAAGUGCACUGGGUGUCAAGAUGAACUGUAUCUUCCCCGUGAAGAACUAUCAUGAGGAAUGUGACAUCAAUGAGAACGUAAACUGCCUGAUGCUGCACGCGUUUACACGAAUUGUACGCUGGGCUGACGACUAUGUAGACAAAUAUUCCAACAAUUAAAAACAUCUGCAAAAUGUUUAACAUAGGCUACGUUCACAUUACCAGGCUGAAGUGACUCAAAUCUGAUUUUUUUAUGGUUGUGUGAACGU